AAGCCUAAAAUAGUAGAGAGAUUCCUGCAAUCGAUAUGAAAAUUCUUAUCUUCCAAAAAACACAUAAGAUUCUCAUCCAUCAUAAUACCAAUAAAUUUGUUAGACAUAAGAGAAACACCGAGUGAGCAGAGAGCGGGCACGUCAUGGCUCUGGAAGCUCCCCUUCUUCACAAACCCACAACCCGAUUUUCAUUCAACCACCGCCGUGUCGCCGCCUCUGCCGCCGCUUUUCUUCGACUUCACAGAGGAGGACCUCAUUCCCCAUUCUCCGUCGGGAAAACCACUCGUCGUAUCCCAACCACCAUAUUGGCGGCUAAGGCGGGUGCUGUGACGGAGCCGGUGACGCAAUUGGAGUCAAAGCCGGUGAGAAUAGUAGCCCUUGUCGGCAAAGGUAGCGUCAGCCCUCUCAAGGCUACACCUUGGGAAGACGUCAUGCUUCACACCGUGAAACGACUGAAAUGGGUAGAUGAAGGGUUUGAGAUGGUUGUAUUUACGGAUGAUAUCUUCCAAUCUAAUGAUCAAAAUGUGGUGAGUUUCCGGGUGGAAUUACAACGUGCUGAUAUUUUGGUAAUCGUUGCUGUUACGAAUCAAGAAUCCGUCAAGUGGAUUCAAGCUAAUAGUGGGAAUAUUCAAAACAUAAUCUGUUUUGACUCAUCUCCCAAUUUGCAAAACAAGUUAGGAGGAUCUUAUAUUCACGGUGCAGGCAAAGGAGAUAUCUUUGGCAAAAUGUUUGACACUGCCGAAUCAAAGAAAAGCAGUGAAUCAAUGAAAGUGGUACAGACUGUGUCACAGGCGUGGGAGCGGCAUAAUUCUGAUGAUAUAAGGUUUUGUUUGUUGGUUAUAAUCAAUGGGUAUAUAAGACCGGUGCCAAUCCUGCAGAAUCUGAGAUCAAAAGGUCUUUCUACUCUGAGCUGCAUGGUGAAGAACUGUGGACCUCAGAUACUGAACUGCCUUCUGGAUCCCAAUUGUAGGAAAGCGCUUCAAUGCUUGAAUGAGUGCAGUCCAGUGGAUCAAGUGUGUAACUAUCGGUGCAUUGCUUCGUAUGAGAGUCCAGUUCUAGAAGCGUUUUCUCUCUGUGUGCUGCAGAAGCACAAUUGUCUUGAUUUGGAUGCAAAGAUCUCUGACAAACCAUAUGUGCCACCCAUGGUUAAAUUUCGAGGAAAGGACUUGUGCCACGAAACUGCUGAAGAUCUUUUUGUUGGUUGGUUGGGAAGUUUGGAUUGGAGUUGGCGUGUCGUGGCAGGGCAGAACCCAGCAUAUGAUCAAUUCCCUUGCCAGUACCAACUAUUUUACAGGGGCAAGGCAAAAGGUUCAUUUUGGUAUGAGCCAGUUUUUCAGGUGAAAACACUGGAGGGGAAGAUGGUUUGGAGGAGGCGGAAGUAUCGUGUCAAGAGAAACAAAGUCCCAGGGACAUUCCAAUUCAGUGUCUUGGACAAUGGGGUUGUUUCAAAUGAGUCAUGGACAAUCGUGGAUGUAGCUGAUGAUCUUAGUUGGGGUUUGUUUUACUACUCUGGUGCUGCAAGAGUUGCUGGACAAUCUUAUACUGGCGCUGUGCUUGUCAGUCCAGAUGGGGCAUACCCAAAUGAUGUGCAUAGGAGCAGAUUAGUUUCCGCUUUGGAGAACUGUGGAAUUAAAGAGUGGGAGCUGUUUACAGUUAACAAUUCUUCGUGUGCUAAUCCUCCAUUGGGGAUUCCUGAGGGUUCACGUUUGCAUUCCGUGAUAGAAGUUAAAGAUCAGAAAUCUUUGUCGGAUUUGGCAGAGGUAUGAACUUCAAAUACCAUUGUCCAUGAAUGAGUCAAUGAGUCAUUUACUCGCAAAAGAAGCAGCCUCAAGGGACUGGGAAAACUAUGAAGGUUGGUAAGGUUUAGGUGUGACUGCUUUUAGGCUUUUAGCAUUGAGAAAUGAAUUUGACUAAAGAAGCUUAUUGAAGUCCCUGCUCGAUUCAUAGUCAUUUGUAUCAUUAUCUGCUCACUUGACAUUUACUUGCCACAGAAAGAAAGAGGAGCUCAAUUAAGCUAAAUGUAUGCAUUUAGUAUCCUGUAAAGUUGUCUGUUAUUGUAAACUACUGUGAAUUGAGAAUUAUUUGCAUGUAAAGCUAAAUAGGUGAAUUCAAUGAAUAUAGAAGUCUUGAAAGACUCUUGAUAAUUGCAAAAGCGAGU